AAAUUUAAGAGUCAAAAUGUUAUGAGCCUAUAUUUGGAGGGAAGUUUUGUAAUUAAUUAAAAAAAAAAAAAAACACAAACUAGCAAUCAGUCGAAGGAAAGCCAGACAAAUAGUCCGCCGUCUCCUACCUCCUUUCUCAGGCCAAUUCCCCCGUCUCCUCGAGUAUACCCGUUCCAAGCCUCUCCUCCUCCUCACUUGCCCCGCCACCGACCCUUCCCUUCCCUUCCCUCCCUGACUCCGUCCCUGCCGAGCCUUCUAAGUGGGCCCACCGCCCUUCUCCGCCGCCAAACUGCGGACGGCCGCAUCUUCACCCGCGAAGAAGCCAUCCGAAACCACAAGUUAUUCAUCAGAAACAAACGGGUCCACGUCUAGGUUAAAGUUUGAUUCCCUACGUGCAAACUCCAUCAGAGAGUCCGCGAAACAGUGACAGUGGGAGAGAGUUGUUACAUGUUCAGCUGUUAAUAAGUUUAUGACGGUCUGAAGAGCUUCCCAUUUAUGCUUUGAUAUUCAGUAGACUUUUACAUUCAGUAAUGAACUUUUCAGAAGAGUGGAAGUCAUUGUUUCCUAUCUCAGCCGUCUUCAAGUCUCCGCUCCUACUCUCAGGCCCUUCCGCCAGAACUAUUUUAGGCCCUCUUGUCUUCAACCCAAAAGAGAGUACCAUAACCUGUCUCUUCUCCUCCCCUUCUCUGUUGCCACCUUUCACUCCUCUACCGCGUCUCUCUUUCCCUCGCUUCCUCCUCACCUCUUCUGACGAUUCAUCUCAACUACCCUCCACUUCCUCAUCCAUUGCCUCCGUCUUUGGUCCCCACCAUUACCAAGACGAUGUUGCUUCCGCCUUCUCACACAAUCGGCUUCAGUUACUGCAUUGCCCUCGUACAGACAAGUUCAUUGUAUUCUUUCCCACUGGUGAUAAUGCGAAUCAAGUUGGGUUUAUGCUUUUGUCCAUUAAAAAUUCAUGCUUGGAUGUUAGAGUUGAUGAUAAUGGUGAAGCUUUUAUGGUGGACUGUGGGUCCAAUCACCAAAUUUUGAGGAUUUCAAUCAACCCUGUUGUUGAUUCGGGUUCUGCACUGUUGGCAUUGGGAGGCAAUUCAUCUGGCACUAUUGGGUAUUUGUUGGCUUCUACGAUGUACUCUGUUCAUUGGUAUGUUAUAGAAGUUAAAGAACUUGGUCUGAAUUUGCAUCCAAGUUUAACUUGUGUGGGUACUAAGGUUUUUAAGACUUGCUGCAUUGUGCAUGCUUGUUGGAGUCCACAUAUACUGGAAGAAAGUAUUAUUUUGUUAGAGAGUGGCGCAUUAUUCUUGUUUGAUUUGGAAUCUUGCUUGAAAACCAACACUUUAAGUCCUCAUUUUAAAGGAACUAGAUUGAAAGUAUCAUGGGAUGAUUCAAAUAAUUCGGGAGAUCUUAAGUGGCUGAGUUGUGAGUUCAGUUGGCAUCCGAGAAUUUUGAUUGUAGCACGUUCUGAUGCGGUUUUCAUAGUUGAUUUAAGGCUUGAUCUAUGCAAUGUGAGUUGUUUAAUGAAGAUUGAGAUGUUGCAUAUGUAUGCAUCAGUUGAAAAUGAACGGUUUCUUGCUUUGACAAGGGCUGGAUCUGAUGGUUUUCAUUUUGCUUUGGCUUCUGAUAGUUUGUUAGUUCUCUGUGAUGUACGCAAGCCAUUGAUGCCAGUUUUGCAAUGGGUUCAUCGUCUAGCUAAACCAUGCUACAUUAAUGUAUAUAGAUUGGCUGAUUUGAGGUCCAACUCGAGCGAUGACAAGUAUAAGAAGGCUUCUGAAUCAGGUUUUUGUAUCAUAUUGGGAUCAUUUUGGAAUUCGGAAUUUAAUCUCUUUUGCUAUGGGCCUUUACUAACUCCAAGUGGUACAAUUGUGUCCGAAGCAACAGAAUUUUGCAAAUCUUUUUAUGCAUGGGAGUGCCCUUCAGAAAUAUUAUUGUCAGGUAAUGAGUGCCACUGUGGAAGCUGUCUUGUAAAAGAAGAAUUUUUAAAGGAUGCUCUACCUGUAUGGAUUGAUGGGCAGUGCAAGAAAGAAGUAGUUUUGGGAUUUGGGAUUAUAGACAAAGACCUCUUUGCAAUGCAUUUUGAGCCAGAUGAACUAGGCGGUUUUAUGAUAGUAAGGCUCAUGUCUUCUGGAAAGCUGGAAUCACAAAGCUAUUCUGCCUCGUGGGAUUCUAUAAAAAUAUUGGAAGAGUCCCACAAAAAUUCGUCAAAAUUUGAAGAUAAUUUUGUGCGCUAUAUAGUUGACGAGGAAUACAAGUUUCCAAGAAGAUUUAAGCACCUCAAACUUGACUACCUCAAUGGCUAUCUGAAUUGUAAUCUUGAUGAAGUUCUUGCUUCAAAAAUGAAAAAUACUUGUGCAAGUUCUCGAGAAAAUGAAACUUUUGCCCCAGAAUUACAUGAGAUAUUGUGUGAGAAGUUGAAUGCAUGUGGGUUUGGUCGGUUAAGGUCUUCUCCUGAAGUUGCUGUUGUUUUUAAGGACAUCAGCUUGCCGUCAAUUAUACAUGAGGUUGCUUUGAGGAUAUUGUGGGCAGAUUUGCCCAUCGAAUUUUUGCAGCUGGCCUUCUCUAACUAUUCGGAAUUUCUUGAAGUGCUUGUGGACAGCAAGAGGGUCUCUUUAGAAUUUUUGGAUGUGCCAGACCUACCUCAAUUGCCUCCUUUCUUUUUAAGGACACCUUCACGUCGCAGCAAUAAAUGGUCACAAAAAGUGCCCCGUACUGAUAACCUUGUAGGUCCAGUACUUCCUCUUCCGGUUUUGCUUGCACUUUGCGAUUCUCAAAAUGGCCGUCUUGAGGAAGAAUCUGGUGGAUCUUCGGUGGAGGCAGAAUUUAGACAUCGCUGUGAUGAGGUCAUGCAAGUAGCAUGUGAAAUGGCUGGUUCAGAUCCUAGUUCAGAGAUUCAUGAUGAGCUUGCUGUCUCCCUUGCUGAUGACAAAGAAGAGACAUGGGCUGGCUCUCAAACAGCAAAGAAAUUUAUUUUACACCACCCGAGGGCACUUAAUUGCAGUGAUGUGGAGCAGACAGAAGGGCAAUCUGUUUAUAAAGAUGAGGUAUUCAGUACCUUGAUUUCCAAAGUACACGAGGAGGACAGUGCUGACAAUGUGGAGACUUUUGGGCCAGAACUAUUUGAUAGUCUUUGUCCCAUAAAAUUGAGGUUUGAUGAUGCUUCUGUUACGAAUUUUGGGCUGAAGGAAUUGAAGGCAUACAAAUUAUUGAAGAAACAAUUCUCAAAAUGGCAAGAAAACUGCGUUCCAGGGCUUGUCUCUUCAAGAGGCCAAAAGGGGUGAUUUUGAUUCCCUUUUAGCUGAGAGUAAGGUGGGUUUGGGAAGUCUGAGAAUGGGCUUAAUGCACUCCCAGAACUGCUUGGCUCCAUAGACCAUUCAGGUUGAGGUGCACACUGGACAAGCCAUUAGGCCUCACUUCUGUUAUGAAUUUUUGGCUGAAGGAACUGAAGGCAUACAGAUUAUUGAGGAAACAAUUCUCAAAAUGGCAAGAAAACUGCGUUCCAGGGCUUGUCUCUUCAAGAGGCCAAAAGGGGUGAUUCUGAUUCCCUUUUAGCUGAGAGUAAGGUGGGUUUGGGAAGUCUGAGAAUGGACUUAAUGCACUCCCAGAACUGCUUGGCUCCAUAGACCAUUCAGGUUGAGGUGGACACUGGACAAGCCAUUAGGCCUCACUUCUGUUAUGAAUUUUGGGCUGAAGGAAUUGAAGGCAUACAAAUUAUUGAGGAAACAAUUCUCAAAAUGGCAAGAAAACUGCGUUCCAGGGCUUGUCUCUUCAAGAGGCCAAAGGGGGUGAUUCUGAUUCCCUUUUAGCUGAGAGUAAUGUGGGUUUGGGAAGUCUGAGAAUGGGCUUAAUGCACUCCCAGAACUGCUUGGCUCCAUAGACCAUUCAGGUUAAUGCACUCCCAGAAUGGGUUUAAUCUAUAUUGUUGUGGACCAAAUUUUAUUUUUUGAUUGCUAUGUCUGCAAACUCUACAAUUAGGAAAGUAAAGUCUUCCAAAGAUAUCGGCUUAAAAGCCUCUAAUUCCUGAGAUGUAUACAUGAACAUUGCAACUGCUAUUGUAAAAAUAUAAAAAUCAAAGGCAAAAACACCAAAAAUUUGUCAUUCCU